AACUGAGGAAUAUUAUCAUCCUGAAAAUACAACUCUUUAUAAAAAAUAUGGAAAACAUGGUGAAAAAGUUUCGGAAAGUUUUGAACCAAGUGAUCAUUCUAUUUUUCAUUUAUAUUCUAAAGAUUAUAAAAUAGAAGAAAAUGUUCAAAGUAGUGAAAGUAAUACAAGAAAAGGAGUAAUACAAGAAAAUGUAUCUAAAGCUACUAAAUAUUUGAAAUAUUUUACAAUGAAUAAUCUUAAUACUUAUUCUGAAAAUCAAAAUAAUAGUUUAGCUGAAAAAUUUACAGAAGAAUCUAUUGAAAGUGAAGAAAAUCAUUCAGAAAAGUAUAUAUCAACAGAAAAAAAAAACUUCACUACCUAUGGGGAAAAAAAAUUCGAAACAACUGAAUAUAAAGAGUUUUCUACUAAAUUAGAAAAUGAAAUUGAGGAGACAUCUGAGUACAAACUAGAGUAUAAUGAGACUAGUGAAAUAAACUUAGAAAAUGAGGAGAUCGUAGAACAACAGGAAAGUAGUGCAACUGAAGUAUCUUCGAGUGAAGUAACCAAUAAAAGUGAUGAAUAUCAAAAUCAGGAAACUGAAUUAGAUGAAGAGAUUGACGAAAAUCGAAAAAUUAAUACUAGUGAAGAAGGUACUAAAAGCCAGGAAUCUCAAACUAGCGAAGCUGAGACAGAGGUUGAAGAAAAUAAACACAAAGAAACGGAUGAAGAAUACAAAGAAAAAAUAAACACUGAAGUUAAUAAAACAGAAGAAAAUAUUGAAGCCGAAGAACAGCAAGUCACGGAUAAUAAUCAGGAAAAUGCAAAUUCUGAAGUACAUGAGGAAGCUGGUGUUACCCAACAACAAGAAGAAGUAAAUGAGGAAAUUGAGGAAUAUUCAAAUAAUGAAAGUGCCAGUUCAGAAGUUACUGAAAAAGAGGCUACUCAGUCAGAGGAAAAUGAAAAUAUUGUAACUGAAGUUACAAGUUAUUCACUAAAAAAAGAAGAGAAUGAAGAAAAUAACAAUGAAGAAUACCAAAUUAAUGAAACUACGCUAGAAGAAAAUGAAAAUCAAUAUUCUGAAGAGAACAGUAGAACUAAUGGCGAAACUUCUCCAUACAGUGAAUCUGAAACAUAUUCCGAAGUAAAUGAAAUUAAUUUAAAGAAAACUGAACAUUAUUCCGAAAUUGUUGAAAGUGAGAAAUAUGAAAUUACUGAAAAUGAAUUAACUCAAAAUUAUGAAGAAAAUUUAACUGAGUAUACUACACCAGAAUCCAAAGAUAAUAUAUUUACUGAUAUUCCUAAUACGAAUGAAGAAAUUCAAAAUUUAGAACAACAAACUCAUGUACUUUUUACAGAGUAUAAUGUUAAUGCUGAAAAUCAAAUUUCUGAAGUAACUCAAGUAGGGGAUCUUUCGUAUUCAAUUGUUCCAGAAACUCAACUAACAAACUCUCCUGAAAUAAAAUUAAUGAAUGAAAGUUAUUCAGAAGGUUUCACAAAUCCGUCAUCGGAAGCAGUAAGCUCUGAACAAGAAUAUAUAGAAACAACAGAACAUGUGGAAUCUUUAAACUUUGAGGAGGAACAUACAUAUUCAGAAUUACAAGAUCAUAUUUUUUCUGUCUCUGCUCUAACAGAAGAGAACAGUCAGUAUAAUGAAGUUGUAACUAAUAAUAUGUCAGAACUCAAUACUAAUCAAAUUAUUGAAGAAAAUCAAAUAAGUCAUACAGAAACUAAUAAAUACAGCGAAGAAAAUGAAAGGCAAACUUCUGGGGAACUUCAAAGCAAUCUUACAGAAUAUGUACAAAACACUUUUAUAACUGAGCUUCCUCAAGAAGAAGAAGAAUCAGCAAGUGAAACUGUUCCAUCUUCCUUUCAAAAAGAACUAACUGUGAAAACUGAUGAGUAUGAAAUUAAUCAUAAAGAAAAUAAAGUUUUUACAGAGAAUAGAGGAACUCACCUCGAAGAUGCAACUGAAGAAUUUAAUAAUGAAAACAUUCAAGAAGAAGAGGAAAUAGAAACUGAAAAUGAUGAAAUAAUCACAAAGGAGGAAGCUGAAAUAAAAAUUAAUACUGAAAAUUAUGAAAAUGAAACAGCAAAUCUUACUGAUACUGAGACUGAAUCUAGUGAAAACAACACAUCAGAAGUUGAUGAAGAAGAAGAACAAGAAAUAAGUUCAGAAAAAUUAGAAUAUAAAGUUACCGAUAUAGAUGAUGUCCAAAAGGAAGUUACGACAGAAGCAUUGGAAAACAAUGUGGAUUACGAUACUGAAUUCGAAGAAUAUUCUUCCACUACAAAAUUAGAAAUUAUUUUGACUGAACCUCAAUUAUCAGAAAAUUUAUAUUCUACAAAGAAAUUUCAGUUCUCAAAAAAUUUAUUUCGAACCGAACCAAUUCAAUUUAAUAUGACAAAAGAACAUCAUCUUCACGAUUUUGGACGAACAGAUUUGUAUGAAGUAUCACUUGAAGGAACUGAAUACACUAUUACCAACAAGUCACCUGAGAGAGAGGAGUAUUUAACAAGUAAAGAAUAUAUAACAGAGAAUUCUCAGUACACUGUAGAACAUUUUCCUACACAAUAUGAACAAUUGAUGUAUACUACAGUAAAAGAAACAGUUCAAACUCCAUCUGACGAAUUUAUUUUAACUAGUCAAAAAUAUAUUAAUGAAGGCGAAAUUACAUAUCGUGUGACGGAAAAUCCGAAACAAUUUCCUGAGGAUUUAAAUAAUAAUAUACUUUUGACAGAAACUAUAAGAGUUUCCGGAAAUAACGAACAAACAGAAGAAAACAAAAGUACUACUUCACAAAGGCAAAAGAUGCAGACAAAAAAUUACAAUGAGGGAACAAAGAGAACUAAACCAUAUAUUGCUAAAUAUAUCUCAAAAAAAACUCCGACUUACAAAUUUACAACAUCUAAUCAACCCGAAAAAGAAAAUUUAGUCGAAGAAUUUUCAUUUACAAAUGCAGAACAAGAAACUGAAUGUAAAUUGUGUUCUGGACAUACAAAGAAGCAUAAGUAUUGGCAGGAAAAUCAUCCAGUUUCUCUAAAAUAUUCAACAAAUAUUCCAGAAAAUGAAAACAUAUUUGAGGAAUUUAUGUUUACAAAUCAAGAAACUGGAACAAUAUGCCCUUUAUGCUCGAAAAACUUGAGUUAUACGACAAAAAAACAAAAACUUGGUAACAUCAAACAAAAAUGGUAUAAACCAAAAGAGGGAGAAAUAAUUAAUCGAGUUUCUACAACACCAAUUCAAGAAUUUGAGGAGUUUUCGUUUUCAAACAGUGAAAUUGGAACUGUAUGUGAAAUAUGCUCUAAAAAGCACAAUAAAACAAUCUUCCAUGGAAGUACUCAAGUAAAGCCACAUACCAAUAAUGAGUUUAGAGAAUCGUCGUUUGAAGAUAUUUAUCAGGAAACUUUAAACACAAAAACAGUACCGUUCCAUGAAAAAACUAAAAUCACUUAUAUUAAUACGAAACAAACAACAAAUAAGGAAGAAGAAGAUAUAUACCCGACUCAAGAAACAAUACCAGAACAUAGACAUAAACCACUUUUAGAAAGUGAAAAAAGCAUUGAAAAAAUUACUACAGCUAUUACACAAACAACUGUUGGAAAAAAAUAUACAGAAAUGAAAGAUCAUAAUCACAAAAAUGUCGACGAAUAUGAAACUAGCAUAAAUGAUUUUUACCAAAAAAAGUUUACUUCUGAUCAAUUAAUAGAAAUAUCAACAUUCAUAGAAGGAAGAAGUAAAUUCGUAUUAGAAAACUCAUACAAACCUAAUAUUGCUGAAAAUGUAUUGUCAAGCAGCAAUAAGUAUCCUCAAGAAGAAAAUAUGGGUAUUACCCAAUCUUAUAAAAAUACUAAUAUUCAAUAUAAUAAACAUACAUUGGAAGAAAAUACUGAAGAAAUUGAAACAAAAAAACAGGAUGAAUUAACGAGUAGUAUUAAAAAUAUUGAAGAAGAAGAAACUAAUUUGAAUGAAGAGAAUACUUUAGGCCGUCGUAAAUAUUUGUCCACUAAACAUACCUUGCAAGAAAGUACAGAACAAGUCAAGACUAGUCUUGAAAACGAAUCAUUUAGUAAAACUAGAAAUUAUCAAGAAGAAAUAAUGUCAGACAACUACUAUAAUAAUCAACCUAACAAUUUAUAUACUGUUCAAAAUUUUCAUAAGAAUACAGAAGCAAUUGAGGAAAGUGCAUCAAUAGCAGGUAGCACAUAUUCUCAAGUAAAUGAAGUAUCUGAAUCAGGAUAUUCUCACGGCAUUACUAAAAUUUUAUUUAGUGAACUUAAUACUGAAACAAUUGAAACAACUGCCGAAUAUGGUGAUUAUUCUGAUCAUACUAAUAUUUUAUUUGAAGAACAAGAAAGUCCAUAUGAAAUUGAAACAAAUGAAGAAGAAAGUAGUAUAUCUGAAAUAGAAAAUGAAUCUGAAAAUCCUUAUUUAAAUGAGACUGAAAUUUCAUCUAGAAAAUAUACUACUUAUGAAAACUUAGAAGAAAUUGAAACAAUCGGAGAGGGCGCUGAAGAAGAAGGCGAGGUAGUGGAUACUGAUCAUACUAUUUUAUCUGACCAACAUAACAUGGGAACAAGUACAGAAGCUGAAAUAUUUGACGAAGAUGAAUUAAUAAGCAGUAAUGAUGAAAAUGAAGUCUCAGUUGUUACUAAACAUAAUUUGCAUGAAAAUACUGAAGAAGAAGAGGAAGAAACAAUUGCAGAAGAUGAGUUAAUAAGCGAAGGCACAAUUACUCAAGAAAAUGAAAUUUCGGAAUACUUCUCUUAUGAAGAAAGUGAAAUGUCAGAAGUCUACUCUUCUAAUCACGCUCCAAUAUCAUCUAAUGAAUAUAAUAUUGAAGAAUAUACUGAACAACUUGAAUCAACUGCUGAAAGUGAAUUAAUGAAAAAUAGUAUCAAUUCUCAGGAAAAAAAUGAAUUAUCUGAAUCUACUAAAACUAAUUUAGAAGAGAAUACAGAAGAAUAUAAAACAAAUUCUCAACAAGAAAACAAAGUAUCAGAAAAUUAUUCUUAUGAACAUAGAGAGACUGUAACAAAUGAAUAUAUUAUGCAAGAAACUACUGAAGAACUUACAGAAAUGGAAUUAAAAUAUACUGAAGAAAGUUUUAAGAAAACUACAGAAAGUGGAGUUACUAAUACCAGAAAGAAUUCUGAAAAUCACACAUAUCAUACGACAAAAAUUCUGAAAGAAAAUACUAAAGAACUAGAAACAACAGAAGAACGUGAAUUAUUCAGCAGUACUAGAAAUUCUCAUGAAGAAAAUGAGACGAUAGAAAACCAAUUACCUUCUACUCAAAUUGCAUCCAAGGAACAUAAUAUGCACGAAGAAAAUGAACACGUUGAGUCAACUGUCGGUGGUGAAUUAAUAAUAAGUACCAUGAAUCCUCAGGAAGAAAAACAAUCAUCUGAAAAACACAUGUUACAAUCUACCGAAAUUAACAUAAAAGAAAAUACUGAAGAAAUAAAUAUAACCGAAGAAGGUGGUGGUGAAUUAAUAAUAAGCAAAAAUGAAGUAAAGACAACUAGUAUAAAUCCUGAGAAAGAAAACGAAUUAGCUGAGGAAGAAACAAUCGAAUCUUCUGAAAGUUUAAUGCAAAAAAGUACUGUAGCAUUUAAAGGAAGUUCAGAAAUAAAAGGUGAAUCAUAUGGCAGUAGUGGAAAUCCUCAUGAACAAAGUAAGACGUCAGAAAAUCAUUUUCCUUAUCAUACUCAUAUUGGAACUAAGGAAUAUAAUAUACCCGAAGAAUCUGAACAGGUUGAGUCAACUACCGAAGGUGAAUUAAUAAUAAGUAGCAUGAAUCCUCAGGAAGAAAAUCAAAUAUCUGAAAAACAUAUGCUUCAAUAUACCGAAAUUAAUUUACAAGAAAAUACUGAAGAAAUAAAUACACCCGAAGAAGGUGAAUCAUUUAGCAGUAGUGCAAAUCUUCAUGAACAAAGUAAGACGUCAGAAAACCAUUUUAGUUAUCAUACUCACAUUACAUCUAAGGAACAUAAUAUGCACGAAGAAACUCAACAGGGUGAGUCAACUGCCGAAGGUGAAACUGCUGAACAUAUUCAAACUAUUACAGAAAAUGAGUUAAAAACAACUGGAAUAAAUCCUGAGAAAGAAAGCGAAUUGACUGAGGAACAAACAGUUGAAUCUUCUGAAAGCUCAGUUCAAAAAGGUACUGCAGGACUUAAAGAAAGUAGAGAAACAGAAGUUAUUACUAUUAAUUCAUUAUCUGAAGAAAAUCAUUCUUACCGUCAGACAAAAGUGUUGGAAGAAAAUACUGAAGAAAUAAAUACAACAGAAAAAGGUGAAUCAUAUGGCAGUAGUGGAAAUCCUCAUGAAGAAAGUAAGACGUCAGAAAACCAUUUUCCUUAUCAUACUCAUAUUGGAUCUAAGGAAUAUAAUAUGCCCGAAGAAACUGAACAGGUUAAGUCAACUACCGAAGGUGAAUUAAUAAUAAGUAGCAUGAAUCCUCAGGAAGAAAAUCAAACAUCUGAAAAACAUAUGCUUCAGUAUACCGAAAUUAAUUUACAAGAAAAUACUGAAGAAAUAAAUACACCCGAGGAAGGUGAAUCAUUGAGCAGUAGUGCAAAUAUUCAUGAAAAAAGUAAGACGUCAGAAAACUAUUUUCGUUAUCAUACUCAUAUUACAUCUAAGAAACAUAAUAUGCAUAAAGAAACUCAACAGGGUGAGUCAACUGCCGAAGGUGAAACUGCUGAACAUAUUAAAACCAUUACAGAAAAUGAGUUAAAAACAACUGGUAUAAAUCCUGAAAAAGAAAGCGAAUUGGCUGAGGAACAAACAGUUGAAUCUUCUGAAAGCUCAGUUCAAAAAGGUACUGCAGGAUUUAAAGAAAGUAGAGAAACAGAAGUUAUUACUAUUAAUUCAUUAUCUGAAGAAAAUCAUUCUUACCAUCAGACAAAAGUGUUGGAAGAAAAUACUGAAGAAAUAAGUACAACAGAAGAAGGUGAAUUAUAUGGCAGUAGUGGAAAUCCUCAUGAAGAAAGGAAGACGUCAGAAAACCAUAUUCCUUAUCAUACUCAUAUUGGAUCUAAGGAAUAUAAUAUGCCCGAAGAAACUGAACAGGUUAAGUCAACUAUCGAAGGUGAAUUAAUAAUAAGUAGCAUGAAUCCUCACGAAGAAAAUCAAACAUCUGAAAAACAUAUGCUUCAAUCUAACGAAAUUAAUUUACAAGAAAAUACUGAGGAAAUAAAUACACCCGAAGAAGAUGAAUCAUUUAGCAGUAGUGCAAAUCUUCAUGAACAAAGUAAGACGUCAGAAAACUAUUUUCGUUAUCAUACUUAUAUUACAUCUAAGGAACAUAAUAUGCAUGAAGAAACUCAAGAGGGUGAGUCAACUGCCGAAGGUGAAACUGCUGAACAUAUUAAAACCAUUACAGAAAAUGAGUUAAAAGCAACUGGUAUAAAUCGUGAAAAAGAAAGCGAAUUGACUGAGGAACAAACAGUUGAAUCUUCUGAAAGCUCAGUGCAAAAAAGUACUGCAGGACUUAAUGAAAGUACAGAAACAGAUGUUAUUACUAUUAAUUCAUUAUCUGAAGAAAAUCAUUCUUACCAUCAGACAAAAGUGCUGGAAGAAAAUACUGAAGAAAUAAGUACAACAGAAAAAGGUGAAUCAUAUGGCAGUAGUGGAAAUCCUCAUGAAGAAAGUAAGACGUCAGAAAACCAUAUUCCUUAUCAUACUCAUAUUGGAUCUAAGGAAUAUAAUAUGCCCGAAGAAACUGAACAGGUUGAGUCAACUACCAAACGUGAAUUAAAAAUAAGUAGCGUGAAUCCUCAGGAAGAAAAUCAAACAUCUGAAAAACAUAUGCUUCAAACUACCGAAAUUAAUUUACAAGAAAAUACUGAAGAAAUAAAUACAUCCGAAGAAGGUGAAUCAUAUAGCAGUAGUGCAAAUUUUCAUGAACAAAGCAAGAUGUCAGAAAACCAUUUUAGUUAUCAUACUCAUAUUACAUCUAAGGAACAUAAUAUGCACGAAGAAACUCAACAGGGUGAGUCAACUGCCGAAGGUGAAACUGCUGAACAUAUUAAAACCAUUACAGAAAAUGAGUUAAAAACAACUGGUAUAAACCCUGAAAAAGAAAGCGAAUUGAACGAGGAACAAAUAGUUGAAUCUUCUGAAAGCUCAGCGCAAAAAAGUACUGCAGUAUUUAAAGAAAGUACAGAAACAGAAGUUAUUGCUCUUAAUUCAUUAUCUGAAGAAAAUCAUUCUUACCAUCAGACAAAAGUGUUGAAAGAAAAUACUGAAGAAAUAAGUACAACAGAAAAAGGUGAAUCAUAUGGCAGUAGUGGAAAUCCUCAUGAAGAAAGUAAGACGUCAGAAAACCUUUUUCCUUAUCAUACUCAUACUGGAACAAAGGAAUAUAAUAUGCCCGAAGAAACUGAACAGGUUGAGUCAACUACUGAAGGUGAAUUAAUAAUAAGUAGCAUGAAUCCUCACGAAGAAAAUCAAACAUCUGAAAAACAUAUGCUUCAAUCUACCGAAAUUAAUUUACCAGAAAAUAGUGAAGAAAUAAAUACACCCGAAGAAGGUGAAUCAUAUAGCAGUAGCGCAAAUCUUCAUGAAGAAAGUAAGACGUCAGAAAACCAUUUUCGUUAUCAUACUCAUAUUACAUCUAAGCAAUAUAACAUGCAUGAAGAAACUCAAGAGGGUGAGUCAACUGCCGAAGGUGAAACUGCUGAACAUAUUAAAACCAUUACAGAAAAUGAGUUAAAAGCAACUGGUAUAAAUCGUGAAAAAGAAAGCGAAUUGACUGAGGAACAAACAGUUGAAUCUUCUGAAAGCUCAGUGCAAAAAAGUACUGCAGGACUUAAUGAAAGUACAGAAACAGAUGUUAUUACUAUUAAUUCAUUAUCUGAAGAAAAUCAUUCUUACCAUCAGACAAAAGUGCUGGAAGAAAAUACUGAAGAAAUAAGUACAACAGAAAAAGGUGAAUCAUAUGGCAGUAGUGGAAAUCCUCAUGAAGAAAGUAAGACGUCAGAAAACCAUAUUCCUUAUCAUACUCAUAUUGGAUCUAAGGAAUAUAAUAUGCCCGAAGAAACUGAACAGGUUGAGUCAACUACCAAACGUGAAUUAAAAAUAAGUAGCGUGAAUCCUCAGGAAGAAAAUCAUACAUCUGAAAAACAUAUGCUUCAAACUACCGAAAUUAAUUUACAAGAAAAUACUGAAGAAAUAAAUACAUCCGAAGAAGGUGAAUCAUAUAGCAGUAGUGCAAAUUUUCAUGAACAAAGCAAGAUGUCAGAAAACCAUUUUAGUUAUCAAACUCAUAUUACAUCUAAGGAACAUAAUAUGCACGAAGAAACUCAACAGGGUGAGUCAACUGCCGAAGGUGAAACUGCUGAACAUAUUAAAACCAUUACAGAAAAUGAGUUAAAAACAACUGGUAUAAACCCUGAAAAAGAAAGCGAAUUGAACGAGGAACAAAUAGUUGAAUCUUCUGAAAGCUCAGCGCAAAAAAGUACUGCAGUAUUUAAAGAAAGUACAGAAACAGAAGUUAUUGCUCUUAAUUCAUUAUCUGAAGAAAAUCAUUCUUACCAUCAGACAAAAGUGUUGAAAGAAAAUACUGAAGAAAUAAGUACAACAGAAAAAGGUGAAUCAUAUGGCAGUAGUGGAAAUCCUCAUGAAGAAAGUAAGACGUCAGAAAACCAUAUUCCUUAUCAUACUCAUAUUACAUCUAAGGAAUAUAAUAUGCAAGAAGAAACUCAACAGGGUGAGUCAACUGCCGAAGGUGAAACUGCUGAACAUAUUAAAACCAUUACAGAAAAUGAGUUAAAAACACCUGGUAUAAAUCCUGAGAAAGAAAGCGAAUUGACUGAGGAACAAACAACUGAAUCUUUUGAAAGCUCAUUGCAAAAAAGUACUGUAGGCUUUACAGGAAUUGCAGGAAAGGAAUUUAGUACUAUUAAUUCAUUACCUGAAGAAAAUCGUUCUUACCAUCAGACAACAAUUUUGGAAGAAAAUACUGAAGAAAUAUAUACAACUGAAGAAGGGAGAAAAACUAUCAUCUGA